GGGCAUUUUGAGUGGGUGGUCAUGCCUUUUGGCCUCACCAAUGCCCCGACGACCUUUCAAGCGGCAAUGACCAACGAGUUUCGUGCAAUGUUGGACCGGUUUGUGCUGGUCUACUUAGACGACGUUCUCGUUUAUAGCUGGACAUUGGAGGAUCAUCUUGAGCACCUUCGACGAGUGUUGGAGAUGCUCCGCCGCGCCAAGUACGAAGCCAACCGCGACAAGUGCGAAUUUGUUCGGCAAGAGUUGGAAUACUUGGGCCAUUUUGUCACACCGAAGGGCAUCAGUCCGUUGUCGGACAAGAUUCAAGCCAUCCAAGAGUGGUGGGAGCCACGGAACGUCACAGAUGUCCGUUCGUUCCUUGGCCUUGCCGGCUACUACCAACGUUUUAUCAAGGGAUACUCGAAGAUCGCGGUCCACUUGACCAAGCUUCAAUGCGAGGAUCGGCCGUUCGACUUCGGGGGGGAUGCACGGGAAUCACUCUUGGCUCUCAAAGCCGCAUUAUUGUCCGCGGAGGUCUUGCGAAUCUACGACCCGUUAUUGCCAACGCACAUCACUACGGAUGCGUCCGGCUAUGGCAUUGUUGCCGUCUUCGAACAACACGAUGGAGUGGACUGGCACCCGGUCAAGUACUUCAACAAGAAAGUGUCCGUCGUGCACUCCAUUGAUGAUGCACACAAGAAGGAGCUCCUAGCCUUCGUCCACGCGCUCAAGCGGUGGCAGCACUUCCUCCUUGGUCGAAGUCAAUUCCGAUCGGUAACGGACAACAAUCCGUUGGUCUUCUACAAGACCCAAGACACCGUCACUAGCAUGAUCGCCCGUUGGAUGACUUUCAUCGACCAAUUUUACUUCUGUCCUGAUCACAUUUCGGGAAAGUCUAACCGUUUCGCGGAUGCUCUUUCACGGCGUCCGGAUCAUUGUACCGCAGUUUAUUCGACCUUCGAGAUGGAUGACGACCUGCAGGACAACUUCAUCCGCGGCUACCAAGCCGACCCCGAGUUUCACGACAAGUGCCAAUUAAGAGAUCCGCAGCUGUCCCGAAGCCGACUAGAGUACCGUAUCAGGAAAUACCGACGUCGAAACGCCCAAUACCGUGCCUGUUCCGAACCUGCAACUGAUUCUCCCCUCGAUGUCACCAAUAUCCUUGAGCACUGAAGGUGGGGACGAGUCCACUUAAUAAAUUCCAGAAAUUCGGGUAAAAUUGAGUUGGUGUUUAUAAAUGUCAGAAAUCAAUUUAAAUCGAUGAAGAGGGAUAAAUACGCGAUUUUCGA